GGGGGAGUUGAAGAAGGGACCUCCAUGGCUCUGCCGCGCAAUGUCACGUCUUCCUCCCAGAAUCCGCUUGCUUCUGGAGGUGUGAGUGGAUUCUCUCAACUGCAUUUUGACAGCUGGGAGCAGGAGAACCGCGGCGGCGGCGGCGGUAGCAGCUGAAGACAUUCCUCCCUGCGCUGCGCUGCCCCUCCUCCUCCGGGAAGUAAGCUUGGCCCGGCCCUUAACCUAGAGCGCCGGGACAGAACCGUCUGCUCUUUCGCCUUCUCUUCGGCUCGCAACUUCGCUCGCACUAGCCAGACAGGCCCGGGAAGUCCGCAUCCCUUUCCCUCGCAGUGCAGCGCUGGAGGCAAGAAGUUGGUGGAACGUCUGAUGAAAUUUCUCAAGUCGGUUGCUGCAGCUUCAACGCAGGGAGGCGGGAGAGGGUUAAAAGGCGCGCCCCCGCAGCCCAUCACCGCCACCUGCUUUUUCCCGCCUUCCUCUUAGCAAAUGGCGAGGUGGUUGGUUGGCUGAUUUGAAUCGAUUAUAUCGAUACUUUGCAGUUAGCGGCCGCCGGGUGACUCAGCCGGAAGCUUUGCUUUCGAUGAGAAUCUGAGGUGGGACCACUUCGCCGUCCUUAGGUUUCAAUUGCUUCAGGUUCCAUACGGACCAGGGAAAAAGAGGGCAGGAGUUUUGUUUUGUUUUUUAAAGCAAAUCCGUCACUAUAAAACAGAGAUGAUGCAACGACUGCGGUGGAGUUACAGAAGAAAGGGUUUCAUCAGUUCCUGCCCCCCUCCCCAAUAAUCCGCAGGCCUGCAAACUGAAAUCCUCGUGACCGGGAGCGCGGUAAGAUCGGGGAUGGAGAAGGUUCAAUAUGGAGCAAACCAACUUUUUUUUUCCUCCAUUGGAACAUGUUCCAUCUUUAUUUUUCCAUUCAGCAAAAAAGACACAAACCCUCCCACCCGCUAUCAGGGAAGGGAGCAGGAGUUCUAGGCAGUUAUAAACGGCUCAUACUGCCAACUAAGUUGUAAAGAAAAUGAAUCUAGAUCGUCAAAGGACUUAGCCAGGCUGCUGAUAUCAACCUGCGCGUGCAUGAGCAUUGUGCGCGCGCGUUUCCCAAUUUAUAGUCCUCUGUAUCGGACCCAGAAACUCAAGUGGAUCUCAAAUGAAAUCUCGGCUGUCUUUCCCUUUUCAGAGCAACACGAGCAGAUUGCAAAUGCUUUAGGAUCCUCUUGCCACCAUAUGCUCUGUCUCAUUCGAAAUUGGAUCUUCGCAACCUACCCCCAGGUCGCGCCUUUGCUAUUCGUACUAAUUCAGUUUGCUGUUACACGAGACAAGAGAAUCUUCCAUUUACCUAAAGAAAUUUCUCCUAAAUUAGCGGCCUUUGUCUACCUUAGCAAUUUUUUUGCUAGCAUCACCGGUGGGUAUGGUCUGCCUACGUACAGAGAGGGUACACUGAAUAAAUGGGGGAGGGGGUUUAAAUCGUUCCAGAUCCUAUUCUCUUCCACUGCAAUAGCAUGGCUUUUCCCGCCGAUCUUGCAUUCGAUGCAAAGCACUUGGCUUUGUCGUGAUCUACUUAGCGCGACCGCUGCUGCUUGCUUUUGCAACCUGCAGUUGGAUGCAGCAACUUCGCAUCCCGAGAUAUAAUCGUGGCUCCCUCGAGUGCGUAGUAAUACUUUGGGGAGGCCACGCCCCCGAGCGUGGUGUCAGAGUGAAAUAAAGGCUCGGGUUGGCGGACAACAUCUGCUGGACUCCUUCAUUCAAGUGACACCCGAGCUUUGAGACGUAUUUGAGGAACCAUCCGUUGCCUUUCCGGGCCGCUUUCAGUACUUCUAUCAACGCUGUUCGCUUCGCACAGUCUCUGCGUAGUUGGGACGGUAGGAGAUUCUGGGUCUUUUGCAAAGAAGCCGAGCGGGAGGUGGGGGCUUGGCGGCCUCCAGUCGGCGUAGUUGAGUACACACAAGGACCAUGUGUGCAGAGUGCUUACGGAAAUUGGUGACCCUGGCGUUGGUCUUUGCAAGUGUGGAUGCGGUGGUGGGCACCGAAGCCACGCAUCCUCCGGAAGGUGCCCAGGACAGAGCUCCUCAGCAAAAAGGGCGGAUGUCUCUGCAAAAUUCAGCUGAAAUCCAGCACUGCCUGGUCAGUGCUGGCGAUGUUGGCUGCAGUGUGUUUGAAUGCUUUGAAAACAACUCUUGUGAGAUUCGAGGUUUGCAUGAGAUCUGCAUGACAUUUCUCCACAAUGCUGGAAAGUUUGAUGCCCAGGGGAAAUCCUUCAUUAAAGACGCCCUGAGAUGCAAGGCACAUGCCUUGCGGCACAAGUUUAGUUGUAUCAGUCGCAAAUGUCCUGCUAUCAAAGAAAUGGUGUUCCAGCUACAACGAGAAUGCUAUCAGAAGCACGAUCUCUGCUCUGCAGCCAAAGAGAAUGUCCAGGUCAUUGUGGAGAUGAUUCAUUUCAAAGACUUGCUACAACUUGAACCAUAUGUUGAUCUGGUGAAUACACUGCUCACUUGUGGAGAAGAAGUCAAGGAGGCCAUCACCCAGAGUGUCCAAACCCAGUGUGAGCAGAAUUGGGGGAGUUUGUGCUCCAUCCUGAGCCUCUGUACUGUGAUUCCACAUGGAGAAUCUACCCUGGAGUCUGAGAAAAAGCCAAAUGAAGUCUCAAGAAUAUCCACUGGCCAAGGAAACCUUGUAAUUCAACCUCAGUCUGGUAGCAGAGAGAAUUCUCAAAAUCCUAGAGGGGAAAGAGGUAGCAGGCUGCCUAUAAAUGGUCACACUCGCACUAAAUCUGGGGGUCAUAAUUCCAAAGCAACUCAUGAGACCUUUGAACAGAGAGAUGAACCUUCCGACUUCUCUGAUAUCCGAAGGUGAAAGGAAUAGACAACCCCACCUUUCCUCUUCACCAAAAACUUCCUCCGUUGAGUUCAUUUUAUCUAGGGGCAUUCCAAAAAAUAUUUACAAGAUAAAGGGGCUACAUCAAACAUAGGGCUUUGCGGGUUAUGGGGCAGCAACAGCAUAAGUAUUAUAAGCAACAGAGGAAAAACAAUGACAAUGGAUUGCUGAUUGUAUCCAACAAAUUCAGUGUGUAGAUACAACAAAAUGUCUUCGUUUAAACUCUUUAAUUUCUUGGAAAAAAUAAGAGAUGCAGGUCUGGGAUGCCAGUACUAUUUUUAAAUCAGGGAUAGACUAAUACAAAUUAUGAUUUCUCCACUAAUGGCUUAGACUGUCUAGUUUAGAUUAAAUUCAACAUGAUUUUAAGUAGAAAAUAAUUCAGUUUAUAACAGAAAUUAUAAGGGUGUAACAUGGGCUGCCAUGGCAUUUGUUAAGAAGACUAAUGAGUAUGGUCAAGGGGACCUUCCAAAUGCAAGCUUAGUUAUCCUCUGAGCCUACAUUCAGCUCCUUUUUAAAUGACACCAUCUGCCUUAAGUAUUUCCCUGUGCUGGUUUGGGCAGUUUAUUCCUCCAUCAUUCCUUUGAAAAUUGGUUAAUUACAGAACCAGCUUCUGGAUAAGGCGAAUGGGCCUUCUCUGCUAGUUCAGUAUUAUACAAAUCUCUUUUUUAAUACUGUAAAUCUAAAAGCCCUACUCCACUUCAGAUUUAAGUGGGUGUCACAUUUUUGACAUAUUUUUUUCAGGCUUGAUGGAAAACUUAUUCACUGUAUCAGAAAUCAAUAUCCCAAAGGUUACAGGGUUGCAGUAUUUCUAUGCUUUAAGGCCACCAUUAUGUGGCAGCUGUUAGAGAAAUUGUUGGUGAAGAGAGGGCAAACCAAGCACUACAAUGAUUUAAUCUGGUUAAAUAUGUGAAUUACACACUUCUCCAUACCUCCAUCCUCAUCACAUUUUCUUCGAAAUAUAGGUAACUUUGUCAAAUUAAUGGAACUUAUUUCAUUAAGUUUGGAUUGCAACUUUCAUGGUCCAGAAUUAGUAUGUUAUAUUUCAUGUUGCUUUUAAUCAUGGCUGUUUGUUAUUAUUUGAACAUAUAAGAUCACUCAAGAUAUUUACACAUUGAAACUUCAGUCAACACUUUACUGGAAGAAGGUGUUCCUAAAACCUUUUAAAAAGUGAUAAACCUUUCUGGAAAACAGUGCCAUCUAAAAUAUUUGGAGUGUAUUAUGCCCCAAGUUUACCAAACUAGUAGAACUCUGGAUGAAUUGAACUUCAAGUUCUCAUAUUGCUGGAUGGGGAUUGUACUGUUUCUAAGCCAACUCUUUCGAAUGAUCCCAGCUUGGAGAAGGCAGUGUUAACUAUUCAGAUGUUUUAGAAAGAAAGACUAGACCUUACUUAGUUGCAAAGAGCUUCAUAUCUAAAAUUUUCCCAAUUAUUACAUUUUUGGGAUAUCUAUAGCUGUUUAUAUGCAAAGUAUAUGCAAAGGUAGUUCUGAUGUUGCACUGACUGGACAACUCAUAAUUGCAAAAGUGGAGCAGCAUAAUAUAAAUGACUGUUCCACAACCUAGCACCCUAGUAAAACUUGCCGGACAUCAAGUUCCACUAUGAAGCUGAGGAUGGAAGUAUGAAGGUACGGUAUCAGGUUCAGGAAUCUCAAGUGAAACCCUUUCCUCUUUGAUGAAGAUAGUUAGAAAAAUGUAUAAGGACAUUGCAUUUAGGAAAUAUUAUUUGCAUUUGGGGGGGAGGGGAAGAGCUUUUUGUGAUUACGAUGAGUAGUGAAUCUGGUCACAGUCCUAAAUCACCCUUUGAAACAACAAAAUGUAUGAGGAUUGAUGCAAGUGCCCUUUUUGAAAAUGAACUGAUAGAGGAAGAAUUGUGACCACUUCAGAAUAAAUCAUCACACAGAAGUUAAAAAGCCCAAAGAUCUAUUAGUAUGAUUCCCAACUUCUAAAGUUCAGUCUGUGAGAAGUCUUGUUUAUUUGUGGGAAUCAGAACAUGUAUGUACCAUUGAAUGUCAGCAGAUCAUCUCAGUGUGCAUAUAAUUUAUCUUCAGUGAUCUAGGGAUGUUAAUAUUUGUUUCAUAAAUAACAUUAAGAAUUGGGGGGAGGGGUAAAGAGAUCACACAAGCCUAAUUUUCCUUUUUUUCCUCUGAAAAUUGGAUAUAUGUGUUCAUCUACUGAUUCCACAUAUUCUUUUAAUGUAAAUAUUUAACACUUUUAUUUAUUAUAUUUUCUCCAUUUAAAAAAAAUUGAACUGAGCACUGCUGGCUAAGGUAAUUUAAAUAUAUGUCAGGACCUGUGUUGUAUAUAUUCAUGCCACAAGUACAUUUUUGUUAUUAUUUAGAUCAAGGAAAAUAUAAUUUUAUACACUCCAUAAAGGUA